AUGACCAACCUCACCAUGGUGACAGGAUUCUUCCUCAUGGGUUUUUCAAAUACUUGGGAGCUACAGGUUUUACAAGCCAUCCUCUUCUUGCUGAUCUAUGUGGUGGCUGUGAUGGGGAACCUUCUCAUCUUUACUCUCAUUUCUGUUGAUGAGCAUCUCCACUCCCCCAUGUACUUUUUCCUGAAGAACUUGUCUUUUUUAGAUCUUUGCCUAAUCUCUACCACAGUUCCUAAAUCCAUUGCAAAUUCCCUGAGCUACAGUCAUUUCAUCUCAUUGUUGGAGUGUAUAUUACAGCUUUUUUUAGUUAUUUUCUUUGCAUCCUCAGAGCUUUUCCUCCUAACAGUGAUGUCCUAUGACCGUUACAUGGCCAUCUGCCAGCCCCUGAACUAUGAAGUCAUCAUGAACAAAGGGGUUUGUGUGAAGAUGGCAACUGCUUCCUGGAUCACUGGAGGUUUGUUUGGGGUCCUAUACACAGUUAGUACAUUCACUUUGCCUUUCUGUAGCUCCAAUGAGAUCCAUCAAUUCUUCUGUGAUGUUCCUUCCUUACUCAGAAUCUCUUGCUCUGAUACACAUAUCGCACUUGAUGUGACCAUAGCUUUGGGAUUCAGUUUAGGGAUUCUCUGCUGCAUUUCCAUUACUCUCUCUUAUGGGCCCAUUUUUUCAACUGUGCUGAAGAUUCCAACCACAGAGGGUCGGUCAAAAGCCUUUUCCACUUGCCUACCCCACCUCUUAGUUCUCAUAGUUUUUAUUACAACUGCAUCCAUGUCUUAUCUAUGCCCACCUCUGGACACUGACUCAGUUCUGGAUCUAUUAUUGUCUAUGUUCUAUAUGGUAGUGCCCCCAACCAUGAACCCUAUCAUCUAUAGUCUGAGAAACAAGGAUGUGAAGACUUCCCUAAAAAAACUCAUAGCCUGA